GCAUGCUACGUACCGGGAGGUGGAGCCGAGGAAGAGACAGCGUGCUCCUGUUACAAGUAGCUGGAACUUUGGCGGGUGCUGUUUCGGCUGAAACAGCUCGAAUUGGUUGUCACCCUGAGCGCGGGAAGUAGCACAGGUGACCGGCGAGCGGGGCUCUGCACGGCUCCUGUGAGUUCGGAAGAGGCGGGAGUGAUAGCAAAUAAAGAAAUGUUUGAAGAUACUGUGGAGGAACGGGUCAUCAAUGAGGAGUAUAAAAUAUGGAAAAAGAACACUCCUUUCCUGUAUGAUCUGGUGAUGACGCAUGCCCUAGAGUGGCCAAGUCUUACUGUUCAGUGGCUUCCUGAUGUUACUAGACCUGAAGGAAAAGAUUAUGCGCUGCAUUGGUUGGUACUUGGCACUCACACGUCAGAUGAACAGAAUCACUUAGUUGUGGCGCGAGUUCAGAUACCCAAUGAUGACGCACAGUUUGAUGCCUCUCACUAUGACAGUGAGAAAGGAGAGUUUGGCGGAUUUGGCUCUGUUAGUGGCAAGAUUGAAACUGAAAUUAAAAUUAACCAUGAAGGUGAAGUGAAUCGGGCAAGGUACAUGCCUCAAAACCCUUGUAUAAUUGCAACCAAAACACCCUCCUCUGAUGUCCUGGUAUUUGAUUACACAAAGCAUCCAUCCAAACCAGACCCUAGUGGCGAGUGCAGCCCAGAUCUCCGAUUGAGAGGGCACCAAAAGGAGGGUUAUGGACUGUCUUGGAAUUCUAAUCUCAGUGGACACCUACUCAGUGCAUCUGAUGACCAUACUGUUUGCUUGUGGGAUAUAAGUGCUGGACCAAAAGAGGGGAAAAUAGUUGAUGCUAAGGCCAUUUUUACGGGCCACUCAGCAGUGGUAGAAGAUGUAGCCUGGCACCUUUUGCAUGAAUCUUUGUUUGGCUCUGUAGCAGAUGAUCAGAAGCUCAUGAUUUGGGACACCCGGUCUAAUACAACAUCAAAACCAAGUCAUUCAGUAGAUGCGCACACUGCAGAGGUCAACUGUUUGUCCUUCAAUCCAUACAGUGAGUUUAUCCUGGCCACAGGUUCUGCUGAUAAGACUGUUGCCCUGUGGGACUUAAGAAAUCUAAAACUCAAGCUUCAUUCGUUUGAGUCUCAUAAAGAUGAGAUUUUCCAGGUUCACUGGUCACCUCAUAAUGAAACUAUCCUUGCAUCCAGUGGUACCGAUCGCAGGCUGAAUGUCUGGGAUUUGAGUAAAAUUGGUGAAGAACAAUCAGCAGAAGAUGCUGAGGAUGGACCCCCUGAACUCUUGUUUAUUCAUGGUGGGCACACAGCAAAGAUCUCGGAUUUCAGCUGGAAUCCAAAUGAACCCUGGGUAAUCUGCUCAGUGUCUGAAGAUAACAUUAUGCAAAUAUGGCAAAUGGCUGAAAAUAUUUACAAUGAUGAAGAGCCUGAUAUACAGCCUUCUGAGUUGGAAGCCCAAGGUUCAUAGAUGAAUUUUCACCUUAAACUGGCAGAUGUUGCCACUUAUUGUAAAGCCGUUGAUAUUCAUCUAAGUUAUCUUUGGUUCCUGUGAAUACAGCACACUUUGACAGUUUCCAUGUAUAUUGUAUUGUAAUGACAUUGUUUGUACUUGAAACAGGGGUUGUGAAAUGGUUGGUUGGAUCAAGAAUCACAAUAAAAUAAAAUAUUUUAACUGUG